GCAGUGCUUUAAGAAAUUUUAUAUGUAAGCAAAAAAGAGAAAACAACAAGCGUAAUAAACAAACAGGAAGCGUGCAAGCAGAAAUAAUAAAAACAAACAAAAAAAGUUUAAAAAUACAUACACAACAAUAUUUUGCGACAAUCAGCAUCGUACUCGCAACAAUAAAAACACACACGCCCUCCCGCGUUGGUCGACAACGCUUUAAAAUAAUAUUCAUAAAAAAAAGUAAAUAAUAAAAAAAAAAACAAAUAAAUAUUAAAAGCAAAAGCAAACAAACCAAAAUAAAUUGUAGCAAAAGAAUCGUAAAUUGCAAAUCGCGCACAAAACGUCUAGUCACAACGGAAGCGCGACAAAUUUAAAUAAACAUACAUACAUAUAUGUAUGCAAUAAUAUAAUAUACAAAUCUAUAAACAUUAUUAAAAAAUAUCUACACAUUUUUGUUUGUUCAUGCAAAAUCGCCCGCAUAUUUGUGUAAAAUUCCACACAGCGCGUCAGUUUGAUCAAUCAUUCAUACGUCAUAACAAAUAAUACAAAUCAAAAGCAACAUAAUUACACAUACAAUUAGAAAUUUUAUAUAUAUAUAAAUGAAAAUAAGCAACUUUAAUAAAUUCAAUCAAUAAACAGCAAACAAUUGGAUACGUCACAUUUUUUUCACUUAUCAAAAUAAACAGCAACAGCAACGCACAAUUUUGCUAUCAAGCGGAAGUCGAUUAUCUAAAUAAAGCCAAAAAUUAUCGGAAGCGAAAUUAUCGGAAAUAAAUAAGCACCUGACACAUUACUUGCCCGGUUAAAAGUUUAGCAAAAACACAAACCAAUAGCACACAACUCGACAUAACUUCAAAUCCCACACCCAGGCCAACCAACCAUCAACCACGCAACAACAACAUGCAAGUCGAAUCGAGCUUCUUAAAAUACGCUGGCCGCGUACCGCCACUUGACCUCUCGCAGGUGAGCGCGAAUUGUCGCAACGAAAACGAGCUGCAACAUCUGUGGAAUAGCAAAGCCAGCUCGCCGUCUGUGCUGAAACGUGCAGCGGCAUUAGCGCAUCCCUAUCUACAUUCACCGCAUACGCCGGCGCCCAGUCCAAACGGUCAUAGUGGCAAUAAUAACAAUAAUAAUAAUGACAGAUAUAAUAAUAACAACAACAACAACAACAAUAAUAAUGUGAAUGAUAACGAUUAUAGCAGCAUACUACCACAACACACGUCACUGUAUCAACUCGGCUCCGAUGGUCUGCCUUUGGAUCCGCGCGAUUGGACACGUGCCGAUGUCUGGAAGUGGCUCAUCAAUAUGGCCGUGUCGGAGGGUCUGGAGGUGACGCCCGAACUGCCGCAGAAAUUCCCCAUGAACGGCAAGGCGUUGUGUCUGAUGAGCCUGGACAUGUAUCUGUGUCGUGUGCCGGUUGGCGGCAAAAUGUUGUAUCGUGAUUUUCGCGUGCGAUUAGCGCGCGCCAUGGCGUUGCUAUCCUAGAACCGAACCGUACAAUGCAUGCAUACGUGUAAUUUAUAUAGAAAUAAAUUUAAAAAGUUAAAUAUUAAUGCUUAAUUUUCAUAUUAAAUGAAAGUCUCUUUGUAAAUAGUAAUGGAAAUAUAUAUAUAUAUAUGUAUGAAGGUGUAUACAUGUAGUUAAGCUAAUAAGACUCGAUAAUUUUGUAUGUAAAGAAUUAAUUAAUUGUUUGAAAAAUUUUGCUGUCCUAUUAGUUGCAUAAGCAUUUAUACAUACAAACAUACAAGCAUAUGAUAAAACAUAACUCCUAAUUUGUAAAUUAC